AGUCAGAGCGAUUAAAGCGGAGUGCAUUCCUGCACAGCGCUCACACACCGGAGGACGAGCCGCGGUGAAACACAGACCGCAACGCCUCACAGGGGCUGGGAGCUCACCUAAAACCUCAAAUUGGAGGUGGAGGAAGUGUUGGGUGUUGUCUGAACAUAGCGGUUACAUGUACAGCAGCCUCGGCUGAGGGUAACGUUGUGUGUAAGAGGACUGUACGCUGCGAUGUCGGAGUUUCUGGUGAGUCUACUCGGGGAGCGGCUCGUCAACAGCGAGAAAGCCGAGGUGGACGUGCAGUCGUUGGGCGCCAAGCUCUCCCUGGUCGGGUUCUUCUUCGGAUGCAGCCUGAACGCCCCGUGCAAGCAGUUCAACGGCAGCCUGUGCGAGUUUUACAGCCGGUUCAAAAAGACGUCUGAACAUAAGGACAAAUUGGAAAUCGUCUUCAUCUCGUCUGAUCAGGACCAGAAACACUGGCAAGACUUUUUGCAGGAGAUGCCAUGGCCUGCGUUACCUUUCAAAGACAGACACAAAAAGAUGAAGCUGUGGAACAAGUACAAGGUAACCAGUAUCCCAUCUCUGGUGUUUGUGGACGCAGCUACGGGGAAGGUGGUGUGUCGAAAUGGUCUGCUGGUGGUCAGAGAUGACCCUAAAGGCCUGGAGUUCCCCUGGGGGCCGAAGCCAUUUGCGGAGGUGGUGGCAGGGCCUCUGCUCAGGAACAACAGGCAGACAACAGACAGCAGUUCUCUAGAGGGACACUACGUGGGAGUGUACUUCUCUGCACACUGGUGCCCGCCAUGCCGCAGUUUGACCCGGGUCUUGGUGGAAACAUAUCGAACCGUCAAAGAGUCGGGUCAGAAGUUUGAGAUCGUGUUUGUCAGCGCUGACAGAUCAGAGGAGUCUUUUAAGCAGUACUUUAGCGAGAUGCCGUGGUUGGCAGUGCCAUAUCCAGAUGAGGCUCGGCGAUCACGACUCAACAGACUCUAUGGAAUACAAGAGGACUGUGGACAAAGUCAGCAAGAGCUGGCUCUCAGCCUCUCCUGCAAAGAAUGUAUUCCCACGCUGAUUCUGCUGGAUGCAGAAGGUCACAUGAUCACGCGACAGGGCCGUGUUGAGGUGCUGAACGACCCGGAGUGUCGGCUCUUCCCCUGGCACCCCCGGCCCGUGCUCGAGCUCAGCGAGUCCAAUGCCGUGCAGCUCCACGAGGGGCCCUGCCUUGUCCUGUUUGUGGACGCUGAGGAGGAAGGUGAAUUGGAGCCAGCCAAGGAGUUGAUUCAGCCAAUAGCAGAGAAGCUUAUGGCCAAGUACAAAGCCAAGGAGGAGGAGACGCCGCUGCUGUUCUUUGUGGCUGGAGAGGAUGACAUGACUGACUCCCUGCGGGACUACACUAACCUCCCAGAAGCAGCACCUCUGCUCACCAUCCUGGACAUGUCGGCCCGUGCCAAGUAUGUGCGCGACGUAGAGGAGAUCACGCCGGCCGUAGUGGAUCAAUUUGUCAGCGACUUCCUGGCUGAAAAGCUCAAACCAGAGCCCAUCUGAAGAGGAAGUCCAAAUAUAAAUUGGACAUACUAUAUGGGACUCACUCCAUCAUCGAACCCUAACCUGUUGCUACGCCCCUCACACUUCCCAGCCUCCCACUAUCUCUCCCACCUCCCCCCUGACUUUGUCAGACUGUUAGAGAGAUGUCUCACUUUUUACUGACAUUUUAACAUUUUUUUUAGACAUGUUCCUCUUUUCACGGAGUCCUCUUUCUCCUGUGGUGCCUUGCAUUGAUGAUAGUCCCUACAGUAAUAUAUAUGGAGAUUCUGUUGGUUCUUUUUAUUAUUUUUUUUGCCUCAAGAAAUGUAUUUGUAUUUUUUUUUCCCCACUCAAUAGCUUUUCUGAACCAGAGAAUUACCCAGUGGACCUACUUAUUCAGCUGAUUCUUUGCUUUCUGUUUUGUCUGCAAGAUCAUUGUUACUUUUGGUUCCUGAAUGAUGUUGAGAAAGAAUAAAAUGCAUUUUUACAGUCCUAAUUCACAUGUAGUGCAAAUGUGUUAAACCUCAGUUGGAUGUAGCCGUAAGCCUUUAUGGCCCUAUUUAAAGUAAAAAACAGUUUGACAUGUGCACAUACAGUAAAGAUCACAUUAUACUUGCUUGUAACAGACCAGUGACUGAUGUUUUAAAACCUGUGUCUUGUUGUGCGUGUUACAAUGUGAGUGAAAGUCAUCUCUUGCCAGUUGUUAAUGGUGGUUCUCAUCUCAAAGUCAUUAUGAGGACUUUCUGUGAAGGUCCCCUAAUGACAAGGCCAGGUUAUUUCUGAAGGCACAAAAAUGGCAUUUGAAAAGUGUUGAAUGUAUAAAUCCCUGUAUUCUGUUACUUCAGUCACGACUUCUCAUACCCAUUAAAAAGUCACUGGCAAGAACAAA